AAGUCGCGCGGGGACAGUUUGGACUCGAUCCAGUCGCUCGCUUAGCUUACGACGAGCGCACAAAUGCUACCAUUCGGCUUACACCUCCGUGAAUAUCUUUACUAACUACCACUACUAUUUGAAGUUCUAGAUCUUCUCUUUAUUUAGCCACACGUGUAUUGUGCUGUGACAAUGUGAAUCCUGUGACAUUUCUUUUUUUUUUUUUGUUUUUAAAUUGUGAUCGAAUUAUAAUGAAUUGUAACGCGAGUGAAUUACAAAUUAGUGUUGUGUAUAUUUUAUUAUUAAAUUAUUAAAAUGAUUUAUUACCUAUAACUAAUAUAUAAAGCAGAUAGUUAUUACGAAUGACUCAUUAUGUAUACGGACUAUAAUAAAGUAAAGAGCAAACAAACAGUAAAAGACCAACUAUUUUCAGCUCCGCGGAGCAUAAAACGAAGAAGCCGAAAGUCAUAAACAUGGCUCCUAACCGGCACGCGAGUUUGCAUAUAAAUCACAAUAUGUUUAUUUGUGUUGUUCUCUCGCUCUUGCUGCCGAUGGUUGGCAGGAGUGCGGCGAGGACGGCCGACUACUCCCGAGGCUUCCCGAACGAUGAGGACGGCAGGAAAACUGUGGAGUACCAUUUGCGGCAAGGAGCUUUGAGGGGGUUGAUCGUAAAGCCUAGUAGGCAGUAUGAUCUGCAGUACGUGGAGAUGUUUCUGGGUAUUCCAUACGCUGCUCCGCCAAUAGGCAGUAUGAGAUUCAUGCCUCCAGUUAGUGCUCUCCCUUGGUCUGGAGUAAAAAUGGCGACCCGCUUCGCCCCGGUCUGCCCACAAUCCCUUCCGUCAAUAAAAAAGGGAAACCCACCAACAUUGGAACGCCAGAAUUACAUGAACCGUCUGAAACCAUUCCUCAUGAACGAGUCUGAAGAUUGUUUGUACCUCAACAUCUACGUUCCUCAUAGAGAAACGAAGUCAAAGAAGUUUCCUGUGCUGGUCUUCAUACACGGCGACUCUUUUGAAUGGGGCUCGGGCAAUCCAUACGAUGGGAGAAUACUGGCAGCUUAUGGGAAUAUUAUGGUCAUCACCCUAAACUACAGGUUGGGGAUACUUGGUUUUUUGAAGCCCAGUACAACAGAACAUGUUUUCGGCAAUAACGGUCUUCUCGAUCAGCUGGCAGCUCUAACUUGGAUCCGAGACAAUAUAGAGGACAUGAAUGGAGAUCCUACUUCGGUGACUCUAAUAGGCCAUGGUACGGGGGCUGCAUGUGUAAAUUUCUUAUUACUAUCAUCUGUUCCUAACGGUUUAUUCCAUCGAGCUAUUUUGAUGUCAGGAUCAGCAUUAUCAGAUUGGGCCAUGACAAAAAAUCCACUGCAGUACACACUACAAGUUGCACAGAGCGUCGGAUGCUAUCCUAAUGCAAAGAAUAUGAUGACGUGUCUCCAGAACAAACCACUAUCGCAAAUCAAGAAGGUGCAAAUUUUAGCGAGAGAGUUUGAAACGCCGUUGGGACCGACUGUGACAGGAAACUUCAUAACAAACGAGCCAGCGGAGACUAUGAAAUCAUUUCCGAAUUUGACAAGCAACUAUCAACUUUUAAGCGGUGUCACGGAAUUGGAGAGCUACCACGACUUCGGGGCAAUUGAAGUUGACUAUGGCAUUUUGGAAAAUCAAAGAGAUGAUUUUAUUAUCAAAUACAGUAAAAUCAUAUUCGAAGGAAACGGAAGAGAAGUUCUUAAAGAUAUAUUGAAACAGUAUGCUCCAUCAAAACUGGAUCCGCAACGCUGGAGUGUUGAAGCUAACCGAGACGUGAUAUUAAAUCUAUUUAGCGACGCUAGAACCCUGGCACCUCUUAUCAAUUUUGCCAACUACCAGUCAAAAGCCAAAAGGCAAUCGUAUUUCUACGUGUUUGGACAUAAUUCUGUUAGCACAGAUUACGCGUCGCUAAAUAAAAGUGUUCACGGCGAAGAAUUGCCUUAUGUAUUGGGUGUUCCUCUAGGCGGCGCUAAUACUCACUUCCAUACAGAGUAUACGCAAAAAGAGAAGUUACUCAGCGAAGUCAUGAUGAGAUUAUGGACAAAUUUCGUAAAGAUUGGUACACCGAACACCCAAAGCGUGAAUAAGUACUACACGUUAGAUCACAGAGAGUGGAACCAAUAUAAUGUGGAGUGGCCGGAAUAUGACGUGGAACAUCAAUCAUAUUUGAGAUUGGACAUUACGCCAUACGUCAGCAGUUUAUACCGUUCAAACUACACAAACUUUUGGCUUGAGACGUUACCUAAAAAGAUGAGGAGGUUCCUGAUUGAUCGAUUAUUCGAGUAUGCUCCAAAAUCUACUACGCACAAACCUAAAUCAACAUACGGGGCCCCAGAUCCAAACCAAAGAACCAGAAGGCUUCAAGUGACCAAUCCGCCUCGGUAUAAUGCACCUUCUUCAGGUGGUACAAUUUCGAGAAGCUCCUACUUCCCACCAGAGCCAAGAUCAUAUCCAGAUAUGAUUUAUAGACAGCAAGAGCCGAUAAAAAUAAUUCCUUCACAACAACCUCAUUUAAUGGACAAUGCAAUUAUUCAACCAACUAACAAGCCAAUAAAUCCAAAUAUGCCAGUUAAGAUGUCUGGAGCUACUAUGACGCUCAUUAUAUCACUUGGUAUACUUUUCUUAGCUGUGAAUGUAGGAAUUUGCUCAAUAUUAUAUUUCAAAAAACGAAAAUUACGUAUUCGAGAACAAGCUUUUGAAACUACACGACAACCUCGUCCUGAAAUGGGAGAAGUUGAUGUAAUCGGCCAAAAAGGCUCCAAAGAUGAUAAAAGUGCUUUAAAAACAUUUAAAAAUGGUUGCAGUGUCAUUAAGUCGAUGAGCAUUGAUAAAAUUCGUGACAAGAAAAAACAUAAGAAAAAGUUAGAACCAUGUAAAACACCAAAGUCUGAUGACUCAGGUGGAUUUAGAGAAAGAUUCCAGCUUAGAAGACAUCUAUCUACUAGUACAUUAGAUGCGCAUACAAAAGUAAGAGAUUGGAUUGCUAAUGAAGUUAUGCAUAGAUGUUCUCCAGGUAUUAUGAGAAAAUCAAACUCUGAUUUGAAUAAUGAUAAAAGUUUGACUAUAAUUAAACCUUUUACUAGAUCUGAAGAACUGUUGUCAGAGGCAAAGCGUUCUAAAAAAGAUGCCCACAGAGUCGAUGGUAAUGCAAAAAAUAUUGGUUUAAGAAAAUCUGAGGGUAACAAAACAAGAACGUCUGAGAAAACUACUUCAACAUCUGCUCUUGACUCGCAUUCUUCAAUUGGAAGUAAUAAAAAUUCAACAAUGAGUAUAAAACGUACUGAUAAAUCUACUGAUUCUCUAAGAAGUAGGGGAACAGAAAGUAUUAAAUCAAAGAAAGUAUCUGUAGCAAUCGAUGCUACACCAGCUGCACGAACAAACUCUAUACUUAACCAAGAACCAAUAGAAAUUUAUAAAUCAUUUGACUGUGGCGAAUCAAAACAUUCCAAUAAUGAAAACAAAAUACAAAGAUCAAAAACUGAAAAGGACUUUAAAAACAGUUUAGUACAAAAUAAACCCGAAAAUAAAGAAAAUGAUAAAAAAACAUUUACAAAUGUAAUUACAUUGUCUGUUGAUCAAGACAAACCAUUAAGAAUAUCUCAUAAACAUUCCUCAUCAGAUCCCGUAACUGAUAUAAAUUAUGAUAAGCUUAUGAAAGAAAAAAUGGAGUGUGGUAAUCAAAUAAUCGAUAUUCUUCCUCCUGUUACAUUUAGAAAUGAUAUCAAUGUAACAUCAUGUGAUGAAAGUACUAAAGUUGAGCCCUUGACAGCUGCAGAAGCUUUACUAACUAUAAAAAGAAGAAACUUUCCGAAAGUGCUUCCAGAUUUGCCAAAGGCGCAAAAGCGAUUAUCUCUACAACCCACAACUUUACAAACUUUCAAAAGUUGCGUAGGAAGUAUUGAUAGUCAGUAUGAACGUUCUAAGGUUCCACCACAACCUCCUCCUAGGACAUCGACUUUAGAGCGUCGUCUUGCAUACAGAAAUUCCAAACCUUUGACUUCAUUUGACCCAUGUAAUAUUAAUAAAAUAUCAGAAACAAGUACUGAUAAUAAUUAUGAAAAUAUUGAUUCCAUAAUACCAUAUUAUGAUACCAGUCAAAAAGGUAAUAGAUCAUUUGAAAUCAAUACGCCAAGGAACCAACACGAUUCAAGUUUAACCAUGUCUAAAGAAAGAGACUAUCCUAAAGUGAUAAUAGCAUCACGUGACAUUCCAUUAUUACAAGAACCAACAGUUAUUAUUAAAGCAUCCUCAAGUCAAAUAGAAGUACCAUCGAAUAUUCCAAGGGUAAAGUUACCAGAUGAUUUUCAUUCCCAAGCAAGUUCAGUAACAUCAUUUUCAUCCUUUUGUUCAGAUGAUGAGGAAAUUAUAGAUGACGAAGAAGAUUUCUUAGAUGAUCUCACUGAAGAUAAACUUAUAAAAGAAUUGGUCGGUGGAGUAGAAUCUCCAACUAAUAUGGGUGAUACUUUCUUGGAUUCAAAAGGCCCAGAAACAAUAUUUGAAAAGAAAUUAGAAAUUGUACCGGUAAAGGUAAAUACUGGGAUCGUUGCGCCAAAAAGCGCUGAAGAUUAUAUUUGCAUAUCUGAUUUACAUUUACCUGGUGUGAGUGACUUGGAGAGAACGGCACAAAUUAAACCUAAUUUUGGUUUAAAUAAACUUCAACAUAGAACUGAAAGUAUCCACAGACCUCCGGAGAAGGCUGUUAAAUUAAAACCAAAACGAUCAAUCAAAGCUGGCUCGAUUUUGAGCAGAAGUGUUAAAGGUAAGAGAAGUAGCAAUAAAAGUAAAAGAAAAAGCACAUUAGAAUAUUCAAAUUCCGGGUCUUCCAAUGACACAGAAACCAGCACCGGAACUGUAAAAAAAAUAGAAGUAAAAAAAGGUACUUAAAAUAUUGUUUGCACCUACACAAAAUAGUUUUGUACCAAAUUUUCAGAUGUUCCGACCAAAUUAUUAAAUAGAAUUUUUAAUAUGAACUUAUGUAUAUCAAAGUAAGUACAACGAA